UUCAUCCAGGUAAGGUGCAAACGCAGGAAGGUAUCUGACAGGUGAACAGUUCCUGGCAGCCGAGGCUUCAGUAUUGGUGACGGCACUGUCAUGGCGACCAUAGCUGUGCUCACUGGUCGGUAUCCUAAGAAUUGCUUUUAUAGGGGGGGGAAAACACACCCCAUUGUUAAAAUAUCUGACAUUGAACUAGGAGUCCCAGCAUGCCCUGUCACUACCAGAAAUACUUGAUCUUCAACUUAAGAGGACCACACAUCGACUAAACAUACUCCGACAUUUGUCUCGAUUUGCAGUAUGUCUUCUGCCUCCUAAUCUGCAGCUCCUCAAUCUUCUCUCGGGCUAUUGACCACACCCACGCGGAGCAUGCCUGGAUCUGGCUUUCCGGAGGAUGACCCCUUUGAUUUUCUCUUUAAAAUCAUUCUGAUUGGCGACUCCAAUGUGGGCAAGACUUGUGUGGUGCAGCGGUUCCAAUCUGGGAUUUUCAGUGACAAGCACCAGAACACUAUCGGGGUGGACUUUACUGUGAAGUCCCUGACUAUCGAUGGCAAGAAAGUCAAGGUACAAGUGUGGGACACGGCUGGCCAGGAGAGAUUUCGUACCAUCACACAGAGUUAUUACCGUAGUGCACACGGAGCCAUCAUUGCCUAUGACAUCACCCAACGUCAGACAUUCGAGUCCAUCCCUCACUGGAUCCACGAAGUGGAAAAAUAUGGAGCAGCCAACUUGAUGUUGAUGCUUAUCGGCAACAAAUCAGACCUUGUGGAGAAGCGGCAGAUCCUGUUUGAAGAGGCCUGCACGUUGGCUGAGAAGCACGGACUGCUGGCGGUCUUAGAGACCUCGGCCAAGGACUACUGUAACAUUGAAGAGGUUUUCCACCUGAUGACUAAAGUGCUCAUUGCACGCAACACGCAUCACUUUCACAAGGAGAGUCCACGGAAUAGCUUUGUCCUGGACUCCCGGCCUAUUCUGGACGAAAAGGAGCCAGAUAAGAAUUGUCUAUGUGGUUAGAUGUGGGGAGUGGACAAUCGAGGCCUCCGCUGGAUGAGAUCUCUCUUUCUAAAUACCAUAUGCCUCUUCUCGGACCAUGAGGUAAGGACGGACAUGUCUUUGAGAAAGCUGAUAACUAUGUAGUUGGCCCUUGCCUAUGUCAACUUGCUCAAGACUCAAGGAUCAUCCCCUACAAGGGCUUGUCUGCCUGUAAAUGGGGGGUUGUAAGAAGAGGGUUCUUCAUCUUUAGCAUCAAAGGAAUCCUUUCAAAACUUUUCGAAAAUCAAGAAGCCUUCUUGUGUCAGAAGACCAUCACAUGGAAGAUGGGUCAAUGGUAGUUGUAUACUGCAGACCUUCGAAGAGUCUUUUAGAUAAAACCUAAUCUACUGUUAUGUACAUAUAUAUAUAUAUAUAUAUAUAUAAUGUAAUUUUUUCAACUUUUACCUGACUAAAAAUAUGAUAUAUUGCUGUAAAACACAUACGAUUUUGCAUGUGGCACUGUAACAUAGGCGCACGGGGACAGUUAUGCUGCAGAUCAGGUGGGAGUUGUAGUCCUUGGAUGUUCCCCAACUACUCUUUUGUCAAGGUAAUUGUUCCCAUAGUGUAAAGUGCAGGAAUGAAACACUACGAUUCCAUGAAACAACUUUAAAGGGGUACUCUGCCCCUCUUAUCCCCUAUCCAAAGGAUAGGUGAUAAGAUAUCUGAUCGUGGGGGUCCCGCAGCUGGGGACCCCCGCGAUCUCCCUGCUGCACCCGGCAUUUGUUUAGAGCGUUGAGUACAGUG